AUGCGCAUCCACGAGAGCGGCAUUGACCGCACUUCCAACACACCAACCACAUCCAACACAUCCACUGUGCACACCCCCACCCUCGCUCCAACCAUCUGCACCACCACCACCACCACCACCACCACCACCACCACCACCACCACCACCACCACCAAAACAGCCACCACCGACUCCUCCAUAGUUGACAUUCACACCGCCGACUUCCCAUAA